CGAAAUUGCAGAAAAUGAGAAAAUCUGAAUAAGGGAGAAACAAAACCCUUUCGUUGGGGGAAAUUAGAGAGAAUCAACGAAUCAAGGAACGAGAAAACCAUCGAUGGGUCGAAUAGAUGUAGCUGCGGCGAAGAGGGCGUACCGGACGGCGACGGAAGUGGGUAACCGGAGCGAAGAGGCGAGGUGGGCCAACAAUGUCGGCGACAUCCUUAAGAAUGAUGGAGAGUACGUCGAGGCUCUCAAGUGGUUUCGAAUCGAUUACGAUAUCUCCGUAAAGUACUUGCCUGGGAAAGAUUUGUUACCCACUUGUCAGUCUCUUGGCGAGAUCUACCUCCGCCUCCAGGAUUUCGAAGAAGCCUUGAUCUAUCAGAAGAAGCAUUUAGAGCUUGCUGAAGACAAUAAUGACACUGUGGAGAAGCAACGAGCUUGUACUCAGCUCGGUCGUACCUACCAUGAAAUAUUCUUGAAGUCUGAGGAUGAUUGUGAUGCCAUUCAGAGUGCUAAAAAGUACUUUAAGAAAGCCAUGGAACUUGCACAGGUCCUCAAGGAGAAACCACCUCCUGGCGAAUCUAGCAGCUUUCUUGAGGAGUACAUCAAUGCACAUAAUAACAUUGGUAUGCUUGACCUUGAUCUUGAUAAUCCUGAUGCAGCCUGCAAAAUACUCAAGAAAGGGCUGGAGAUUUGCGAUGAAGAGGAGGUGAAAGAGUAUGAUGCUAUGCGUAGUAGGCUUCAUCAUAACCUUGGAAAUGUUUUUCUGGAACUGAGAAAGUGGGAUGAAGCAAAAGAACACAUCGAAAUGGACAUCAAUAUCUGUCAUAAAAUCAAUCAUUGCCAAGGAGAGGCUAAAGGGUAUAUCAAUCUCGCUGAAUUACACAAUAGAACCCAAAAGUACCACGAUGCACUUUCAUGUUAUGGUAAAGCUUCUGCUUUAGCGAAAUCUAUGCAAGACGAGAGUGCGUUGGUUGAACAGAUAGAGGAAAAUAUCAAGACAGUGAAGAAAGCCAUUAAAGUUAUGGAAGAAUUGAGGGAAGAAGAGCUUAGGCUUAAGAAGUUAUCUGCAGAAAUGACUGAUGCCAAAGGCACUUCGGAGGAACGAAAGUCUAUGCUCCUAGUACAUGCUUGUCUUGAACGUCUUAUUGAAAAAUCCAGCAUGGUAUUUGCAUGGGGGAAGCAUCUUGAAUUUUCAAAAAGGAAGAAGAAAAUAGCAGUUGAACUCUGUGACAAGGAAAAGCUGAGUGAUGCCUUCUUGGUUGUUGGAGAGUCUUACCAAAAGCUCAGAGAUUUCAGAAAGUCCCUGAAGUGGUACGAUAGAAGUUAUGAGAACUACAAAGCAAUUGGUAAUCUAGAGGGUCAAGCACUAGCGAAAAUUAAUAUAGGUGAUGGUUUGGACUGCAUUGGCGAAUGGACAAGAGCACUCAAAGAAUAUGAAAAUGGGUACAGAAUUGCUUUGAGAGCCAAUCUUCCUUCAAUUCAGCUUACUGCACUGGAAGAUAUGCAUUAUAGCCAUAUGAUCAGAUUUGGGAAUGCUAAACAAGCCAGGGAGUUGAAGGAAAAUAUACAAAAUUUGAAGGAGUCAGAACAUGGUGAGGGAGCCCAAUUUGGUACAGAAGAUGAAUGCUCUGAAACUGACUCAGAAGAGCAUGGGGAUAUAUCAAAUGAUAGGCCAAAUGCAUGUAGUUUGCCAUAUCUCCGAACAUCAAAUUCACUUAGACCAGAACCGUUAGCAGAUCUGGAUGAAGCAAAUGAUGACGUGCCACUAAUUUCACUUCUCCAGCCUGGAAAACGUCUUUCCAAAAGGAAACAGUUUUCAGGAAAACAAGAUGUUGAGACUGAUCAGGCCAAGAAAGAUUUCGUCGCACUAACAGAUCCUCAGACAGUUGCUGGUCGGAAGCGUAUUCGUGUAAUCCUCUCUGACGAUGAAAGUGAAACCGAAUAUGAGUUGGGAUGCCCUAAAGGCAGUUUUCACAAAAUUACAAGCCAGAGUGAAGAAUUUUCUGAUGAAAGUAUGUAUUAUGAUGGUGCUGUUAAUUGUACGGAUAAUCCUGCUAUUCAAGAUCAUGUAGAAGAAGGCUCUUGCUCGUAUACGUCUCUUCGUCCCACUAAAGGUGCUCCAAAUGUCAACAAUUGUAGACCUUUGAUCAAUACUAGAGCUGUUGAAUCCGCUGGUUGUGGUAUAAAAGGAUCUCAAUGUGAAGCUGGCGAAUCCAACAGCACGCAAUGCAAAAAUGGAGCUGCUCUCGUGAACCAUGCUUAUUCCAAGACUGAGGAUCAAAAUAUAAAAAUCAAAAUUGAGAAUGAACAUAUGGCUUUAGACUCGUGUUCUGGCAAUGAUGAGUCUGUGAAGGUGGAACUUACUUGCUUAUACUAUUUGCAGCUUCCUGACAAUGAGAAAUCUAAAGGCCUGUUGCCGAUCAUUCAUCAUUUGGAAUAUGGUGGUAAAGUUCUGAAACCAUUGGAUUUAUAUGAGAUUCUCACAGGCUCUUCUGAAAAUGUUGUUAUUGAAGCUUCCGUGAAUGGCUGGGUUCACAAGCGCGUGAUGAAACUAUACAUGGACUGUUGCCAGAAGUUGUCCGAAAAACCUAGUAUAAAAUUGCUUAAGAAAUUAUAUAUUUCGGAGGUAGAGGAUGAUAUCAAUGUGUCAGAAUGUAAAUUGCAAGAUAUAUCAGCUGCUCCUUUACUGUGUGCCCUCCAUGUCCACAAUACAGUUGCUAUGUUGGAUCUCUCCCACAAUAUGCUAGGGAAUGGAACAAUGGAGAAACUGAAACAACUUUUUGCCUCAUCAAGCCAGAUAUAUGGUGCUUUAACUUUGGAUUUGCACUGCAAUCGAUUUGGUCCAACUGCUUUGUUUCAGAUCUGUGAAUGCCCUGUUCUGUUCACUCGGUUGGAAGUUCUCAAUGUGUCCAGGAAUCGACUUACUGAUGCUUGUGGAUCAUACCUCUCAACCAUCUUGAAAAAUUGUCGGGCACUCUACAGCUUGAAUGUUGAACAUUGUUCACUCACAUCGAGAACAAUCCAAAAGAUUGCUGAUGCCUUGUAUCCAGAGUCGGGACUUUCACAACUCUAUAUAGGUUAUAAUAAUCCUGUUUCAGGGAGUGCUAUUCAAAACCUUUUGGCUAAACUAGCUACUCUAAGCAGCUUUGCAGAACUGAGCAUGAAUGGCAUUAAGCUGAGCAGCCAAGUUGUUGAUAGCCUUUCUGUACUUGUUAAGACUCCAUCUUUGUCAAAACUUUUGGUUGGCAGCUCCGGAAUAGGAACGGAUGGAGCUAUCAAAAUCACUGAAUCUCUAUGUUAUCAAAAGGAAGAAACUGUGAGGCUAGACCUUUCAUGUUGUGGACUAGCGUCUCCUUUUUUUCUUAGGCUCAUCCAAGAUAUUACUCUAACUUCUAGCAUUCUUGAGCUUAACGUUGGAGGGAAUCCAAUCACUGAAGAGGGAAUCAGUGCACUGGGGGUGCUGCUUACGAAUCCUUGUUCAAAAAUAAAAGUUCUGACUGUAAGCAAGUGUCAUCUGAAGCUCUCUGGAAUUCUAUGCGUAAUUCAAGCGCUUUCAGAAAAUAAGAAUCUCGAAGAGCUUAAUAUUUCUGAGAAUGCUAAACUGGAUGAGACUGUGUUUGGCGAACUUGUGAAGGAAAGCUCAGAAAUGGGACAGCAAGAACAUGGUACGUGUGAAUCUAUCACCGCAAUGGACAAAACUCAUAGAGUUGAGAGCAAAAACCAUUGUCAGAACCCAGAGAAAGAACAAGAGUUAUGUGAAACCAGUAUGGAGUGUGAUAAUCUGGAAGUUGCAGACAGCGAAGAUGAUCAAAUAGAGGAACAAACUGCAGCCUCGAGUAGUCUUAGUUUACCACGCAAGAACCAUAUUAUCGAAGAGCUUUCGACCGCGCUUGCAAUGGCUAACCAAUUGCAGAUUCUGGACCUAAGCAACAAUGGGUUCUCAGUUGAAGUCUUGGAAACAUUAUACAUGGCAUGGUCAUCAUCAGGAUCUCGAACUGGCAUAGCCCAAAGGCAUGUGAAAGAUGAGAUUGUCCAUUAUUAUGUAGAAGGAAAGAUAUGUUGUGGAGUCAAAUCAUGCUGCAGAAAGGAUUGAAGAUCUUCCUUGUCUGAAACUGUAUUUUGCCAAUAUGAAUCUUCAGGUAGAAUGCUUGAGUCAGAUUUAAAUUAUCACCUUCUUUUAAAAUUUUGUCGUACUUCAAGAUAUAACUAUUGAGUAUUACUGUAUUAGACCGUUUCAGAAUCUUGUACAUAAGUCUUU